UUUAUAUUUAAUAUUAUUAAAAAUCCAGAAAAUUAUUUCCUUAUAUUUUGAAUAUAAACUGUUAAUAAAUGAGACUUCAAUGUAUUCAAGUGUUUUAAAUUAUCCUCGUGUAGCAAGGACUUAUUUACCUUUAAAAUACGGUAUGAACCCACGGCUAUUUUUACUCCUCUUGGGUAUUCCUGGGAUAAUAUGCCAAACCAACGAAGCCAACUUUACAGGGCAUAAACUAAUAGGAGCCUUUCCGAGUAGCGAGAAAGAAAUAGACGUGUUGAGGGAGUUGCGGAAUAACUCAGACGUGGAUGUAUGGAAUGCUCCUUCAGCCCUGUACGAGAAAGUUAAUCUUUUGUUAACACCAGAAAUUGCUGAUGAAGUGGAAGAAAAAUUGAAGGACAAUGGCAUCGACUUCUACGUUGUUACUAAUAAUAUACAAAAAUGGAUAGAUCAAGAGAAGGCAACUAACACUCCUGAUCUAUUCGAGCAAAUUCAAGAUGUCUCCCGUUUCGAUUUACAGAAGUAUCAUAGAUUGGAUGAGAUUAAUGUGUACUUAGACGAAUUUGCAAAACUGAAUGGGCAUAUGGCUUCGGUGAUCACCAUUGGGCACAGUGCUCAAAAUAACCCAAUCAAAGGACUAAAAAUAGGUAAUCCUGGAAACCAUAAUAAACCCGUUAUUUGGAUCGACGCUGGAAUACAUAGUCGCGAAUGGGUUGCACCCGCUACUGCUUUAUUCUUGAUAGACCAUUUAUGGAAAAAGAGUUCAGAUUCCAGAGUCAAGAAGUUGUUAGACACUUUCGAUUGGUACAUUAUUCCCGUUUUAAAUCCCGAUGGAUACGUACAUACUUGGAGUGGGAAUCGAAUGUGGAGAAAGAAUCGCAUCGUUUCUGGCUCUAGAUUCUUCCAAACUUGUUAUGGUGUGGAUCCUAAUAGGAAUUUCGAUGCUGAUUUUGGCAAAGCGGGAACUGACUCCAAUCCGUGCAGUGAUAUUUAUCCAGGAAGCGCAGCUUUUUCAGAAAACGAAUCCAGAGCUGUAAGAGAUGCUAUAAUGCCAAUGAGAAACCGCGUGAAAGCCUACUUUACUGUUCAUGCUUACUCUCAGUUGUGGAUGAUUCCGUACGGAUAUAAACGCGGAACUACUAAAGAUUUUUUAGCUCAGAUGACAGCUUUGCAGAAGGCUGCAAAUGCAAUAGUCCAGAAACAUGGUCAAUGGUACCGUUAUGGAGCAAUCGCCAACACUAUAUAUCCUGCAAGCGGCAGUUCUACAGAUUGGGCAUACGAAAAAGCUGGGAUCAAGUACUCUUUUGCAUUAGAAUUAAGAGAUAAAGGACAAUAUGGGUUUUUGCUACCAAACUCUCUUAUAAAACCUACUGCCGAAGAAACUAUAGAAGGGAUAUUUGCUGUUGCCGAACAUGUUAUUGCUGAACUGUAAAAUUAAUUAAGGAAUAUCCAUUAUAUUCUACAUUCU